AUGGAACAAACAUUUAUGACGAUUCACAACCUCAGCCCAGAUGCCAACAUUCUAUUUGCGUCCGAGUCCAUCGUCGAUAUUUUAGGCUACCAACUGGCCGAGGUGCAGGGCAAGUCAUGCUUUGACUUCUUUCACCCCGAAGAGGUACCUUCUGCACGCUCCGUCCUCAGCCGGGGCGUGCUCCUGGACAAGGCUGCAGUGCUUCAUUAUGCCCGCAUAUUGUCCCGUGAUGGGCGCUGGGUUGGCUGCGAGUGCUGCUUCACCGUUGUCCAUGACGUAUUGGUGGCCUCCAUAAGCAUCUACCGGCGAAACGCAAAGAGCGAGACUAGGACGAGCCAUUGA